AGUUUCGGCUGACAUCAUGAUUGAAAUAAAAUUGCUAAUUACAAAAGAACUAAUUUGUCACAAACGUUAAAAAUAGACUCACAAUCAAUCACAAAUGAUUUACAAAUGAAAUACACUAAUUGUAAGAAAAAUUAAAAAUAAUCAUAUUUUAUUAUUUCCGCCGGCUAGCCUCAUGUAGGUGAGAAUCGCAACGGAGUUCUGUGACUAACGAUAAAACUAAUCAAGAGCCAACAUGUCAAGGAUGAACGAAAACGUAUUGGACGAAAGGUCUGUUCUUACGUGAACACAAACCGUUCAUUAUCUUUUAUUAUUGUUUUAAGAAAUGCCAUUAAGUCGUAUCCAAAAAUAUUUCAUGAAAGUUAAUUUAGUUUGUUUUACAAUCUUACAAACUACAAUUUGUGAAACGAUAAACGCUAAUGUUGUAUCAAGAAUAGAAGGAGAAGGAUUUCAUAGGUCCUUAAAAUAUCAAAUAAAUUUCGAUAAUCAAAUAUUGGGAUGUUAUGUUUCUAUUUAUUUGGAACUUCCAUCUGGUUUGUACGUCAAUGUUAAUGAAUUAAGUAAUUUAAGAAGGCUCAGAGUUAAUACAGCUUGUUUGAUUGGAGAAACCAAUAUUGACGUGUUCAGUGAAAAAGCAGAAAUUCAGAAAGUUACUGUUUGUUCGUUUUUAAAUGAUAUACAAUGUAUUAUGAAACUACCAGUACAUCAACGCUAUCAAUAUGCCAGUAAAAAUAAUAGAUACGUGAAUAUCACUUUACCAAAACCCAAAUUACUUUUAGGAUGUAGAAAAAGGAUUAAGGAAUACAGAAUUUCUAAGAUAGAUCUAUGUUCUCCAUGUACAAAACUUAUACCCAAAUGGAGAGAAAUUCCCUACAUUAUGCAUACAGAACAUGUAUGGGUAAUACCAGCUGGUGAUACAAUGAUUUUACCUACAGUAACUUAUACCACAUUAUUAUUAACAAUUUUAUGUACAAUUUAUCUCAUGCAAACAAUUUUGAAAUCUAUGUCUAAACAACAUCAAAAGAAAGAAUAAUAUAUUUGAAAUAUAAUGACACAAACAUUUUCUAUAAAGUUCUAACGAAGUAAUAUUUACUCAUUAUGUUACAUUUUUAUAAUAAAUAUUAAAUAUAAUACACACAUUAUUAGUAUUAAAUAUAAUACAUAAACAUUUAUAUACAAUCAUCACACUUUUAAAACAUUUUUUACCUACUCAAAAGUUUGAAUGAAUAGAUAUAAUAUUCAUAUUAAUGAAUAAGAAAUAGGGAAAUCUGUAUACUUUUUAGUCAUAUUACAGCAACUACAUAAUCAAUAAUUCCUUAUUUUGGGCAGUAGAAAUGUUACUGUACUUAUGAUAGUUGUAAUGAUUUUCAUAAUGUUACUUAUUUUAUUGUCAUGGUACUAUGAAUCUCUUUCUAUGUCUGUAUUUUUAUUAUCUUUACGUGUCUCUCCUUUUUCUCUUACAUAUUCAUUUUCCAUUGAUGAUGUAUCUACUGUAUUCGAAGAUGAGUUUUUUAUUUUAUUCUGGGGAUCAUUCCAUGGUUGAAUUGUACUUGUACCAAAUAAGAUAAAUAAUAAAUUUCCGACUAUGUAUAUUAUAGCUGAUAAGAAAAAAAUACUCUUCCAUUGCGACAGAUCAGUCUAAAAAAUAAAAAGAAUAUAAGAAGCAA